GUUUGUUUGUAUAUAUAUUCUUAGUGUCGUCUGCUCCUACUGUCAAAAAAGAAGAAUAUUACAAUAAACUUUUAAUUUUUAAAUUAACAUUAAAAUGUCUCUAUUUCCUGCUUAUUCGAGUGUUAAAAAUUUUAAUGAAUCUAAUGUCAAUUCUGCAGAAGAAUUAGUAAAUGAUGACAAUAAAGAAAAAUGGCUUUCAAAUUCAAGUUUUCAAUCAAGUGUAGAAUUUAAUAAACCCACUGAUAUAUCGUCAUCAUCAUCAGAAGAAAAUGAAUCUGUACAUGUACCAACUUCAUCGAAAUUAGAAACAAUUCCUGAGAAUAUAAAAAUUGUGUCAAAUUAUCGUGAUUCAACUCACGCUACUGUUAAUUUGAGAAAACAUCAUAAGAAGAAAAAGAAGAAGCACAAAAUUAAAAUCGAACAAAACUAUGAACGAAAAGUAGAAAAUGUCUAUUUUGAGGAUCGAAUUCUCGAUACAAGAAUGUGCACUGUUGACACCUUGUGCUCGAGAGUACGACCUUUGUAUAAUUUAUCCGAACACAGUCUAGAUUUCAUUUCUAGAAAACGAUUUAAGAAACGUACACUUUGUCGAUAUUAUUCAAAGAAUAUUGACAAACAGGAACAAACAAAAAAGAAAGAUACUAUUAUCAAGAGAACAAAAUCCAAUGAUAAUUCGGAAAUUAUGCCAGAAUGGUGUGUAAAUAUGGAAGAAGAACAAAAAACAAAAACACAAGAUUUUAAUAAAAAGUUAGAAGAGAAUCCACAUGAUAUUGAAAUUUGGCUUCGUUAUGUUGAUUUUCAGGAUGAUGCAAUAACUUUUCAACCCUUUAAAAAUAAUACGCACUCGAUAUUACAAAAAAAGUUGUCUAUCGUUGAAAAAGGUUUGGAAAACAAUCCUGAUUCCUUGGAAUUGCAAAAAUUAAAAUUAUUCUUUAUGUCCGAACUUGCACCAGCCGAUCAAUUUUCCAAUGAAUUAGAAGCACUUCUUAAUAAAGAUUCGGGUAAUUUGAUUUUAUGGCAAACUCUCAUUAUGGUGACACAAUCGUCGGUUGCUUUGUGUUCUGCGCCAAAUGUUUUGAAUUUAUUUACAAAAUGUCUUUUUGUUUUACGACAACGUUCAAGGGCGAAUCCUCGUUUUUACGAUACACAAGUUUUGAAUACAAUGUUUCAGUGCUUGAUGUUUCUUAGACAUGCAGGAUUUUGGGAACAAAUGUGGGAAACAAUUCGAAUGAAUUUAUGUUUAAAUCUCGAUUUACGUAAAGAGAAUUUACAACUUCAAAGUUCAAUUGAUGAAAAAAAUCUCAUUGGAAUGGAAGAAGUAAUUCUGACGUCGAGACUACCAUUGAAUCAACUUUGGCUUCGAGUAGAAUCAUUGAGAGAAAGAUGUCAUUGGGUUAGUGUAACAAGCGAUCAACUUGAGCUGAUUGGAGAUUCAAAAAGAUUUGUUUUACCUGAAGAUGUGGCUGAUUUUGUUCAUCCUCUAGUCUCGCAUAAUUCAAAUUUCCAUUUGGCAGUUUAUUCACUAUUAGCACUUAAAGUGCCUCUGUUACCAACUCGAGAUACCACCUUAAAGAUUUUGGGAUUGAAGGAUUUGAACUGGAUUUUCGAUUCUAUGGAAGUUUUAUUGCCAUUAGCGUAUCCCUGUGUAGGUGAAAUGGCUGGACAUGAAAAAAGAAAGUCACUUCUCGAAGGUUUAAUACAAGGACAAUUAACGUCGGGUCCGCAAUUUUUGAGAUUUCAUCCUGCGCAGGAACCUUUUUUGGAUUUUAUUAGAUCAACAUUUAAAAUAAUUGCCGAGGCCUUGCCACCUUUACAACGAACAAGCAUUUACAUCUGGUGGUUGCGAUUUGAAAGAAUGUUGAUUUAUUUUGGAAAAGAUGAUCCUUUAAAAAGUGAUAAUCGUGGAAAAAAAUUGAAAAACAUAUUGAAGGAAUUUUUGAAGAAAUCAGAAAAUCGAAAUAAUUUACAUUUUUAUCGUGAAUAUGCACUCAUUGAAUAUGAACAUGGACAUUUUGAAAGUUCUGUGACUAUUUUGGAAACGGCUCUUGACUCAAAUAAUUUAUGUCCAGCAACAAUAACAGACGUGAAUGAAAAAACAACAGUUAUGAGUGUUUAUAGGACACUUUUUGAAAUUUUACUCAAUACCAAAACAUAUUGCAAAACAAAUAGAGAUCAUUUGAAAAAAAUUGCAAUAAAAUUAGUACCAGAAACUAAAGGAAAUCGUUUACUAUCAGCAUAUAAAUUUUUACACGAUUCCGUGGAAAAUUUUCUUUCUCACGAGAUAAUUGAAGAAAGUGAUGAUGCUUUUUUCUUACCAAAUUUGAUAUGCGACACAAUUAUGUGUUACGCGUAUCUUUCAUUGAUAGUGGAACGAAGUAUUAUUGAAAUUAUGAAUACAAUUCGAAGAUGUAUUGAUCAUUGCAAAGAAACUCCGGGAUUAUUGGAGCGUUUAUAUGAAAGUGAAUUAGCAUUUUUACAAUUUCACGCAGAGGAAAUUUAUGAUUCGAAAAAUCUUUUGAAGGAAAUUUUAAAUGAAGCUUCACAUUUAUAUCCAGAUAAUUUCUAUAUACUUUCUGUAUUUGCCGAUGUUGAGUACGAAUUACCAACUUGGCGACAAAAUAAAAGCGGAAAAAUUCGAUUGUGGCAAGCGAUGACAAUGUGCUUGGCAGAAAAUUCACGGAUAAAGUCAUUAAAAAAAAGUAAUCUUUUUGAUGCAGCAGGUGCUCUUCUUAAUAAAUUAUUAUCAUUUUAUAGAAAACUUGCUCGAAAUCCUGACAUCCGACACUGUCCACUUUUGUGGAGGCUGUUCAUAUUAUUGUUGCGAGAGGAAAAUCUUUCCGAAAAAAAGGGUGAAGAUGCUUAUCACGAAAGUGUGGUAAAUUGCCCAUGGGCAAGAUGUAUUUAUAUUGAUUCCGCAGAAAUUGCUCCACAACAAUUAACACAAAUUCAGGAUGUCAUACGUGGAAAAGAGUUAAGAAUACAUGUUACUCCUGAAGAGUUGGAUAUCCUCAGAAGUUAAUUUUUCAGAGAAAUACACCUGUGUAUAGAAUAUAGCUCUUAAUCAGGGUCAAGAUGACACUUUUAAAAACCUUACCAUUUUUCAAAUUAAUCAAUAUACUUUUUAAAUAUAAUCAACAUAAUUUCUAAACAAUUUUAAAAAUUACAUAUAAAAAUUUUAAUACAAAAUCUAAUUAAACAAAAAUUAUUUUCAAAUAAUUUUUUUUUUUUUUUGAGAAAAUACGAUUUUAUCGAUCGAAAAUGAUGAAAAUUGUUUUCCACGACAGUCGCUAGGAGCGGUAAUGUAGUUAAAAAAAUAGAAUAUUAUUGCCAGAGAAAUGAAACAGAAGUGAAACUGAAAUGUGUUACUAAUUUCAUCUCCAAGUUCUUCCAAAGUUUUUUUGUGUCUUUUUGUGGUAAUUAUUUUUUUCCUGAAACGUAGUGUUAAUUUUAUACCGGUUCGAUCGGUUGUAUCUCCAUUAAGAAUGGGAAGACAUAGAAUUUAAAAUUAAUUUUUCUCAAAAAGUC